CUUGAACUUGUUGAUGAUAAUGAAACUGCUGUCUAUACACUAAUGCCGAUGGUUAUGGCUGACCAGCACAGGUCUGUCUCAGAGCUGCUAUCAAAUUCAAAAUUUGAUGUGAAUUAUGCAUUUGGACGUGUGAAGAGAAGUUUGCUUCAUAUUGCAGCAAACUGUGGAUCAGUUGAAUGCCUUGUUCUAUUAUUAAAAAAAGGGGCAAAUCCAAACUAUCAGGACAUUUCAGGAUGCACACCUCUUCAUUUAGCAGCAAGGAAUGGCCAGAAGAAAUGUAUGAGCAAGCUGCUGGAAUACAGUGCAGAUGUCAACAUUUGCAAUAAUGAAGGCUUGACUGCAAUUCAUUGGUUGGCUGUCAAUGGACGAACAGAAUUGCUUCAUGAUCUUGUUCAGCAUGUCAGUAAUGUAGAUGUUGAAGAUGCAAUGGGACAGACAGCCCUUCAUGUAGCUUGUCAAAACGGACACAAGACAACAGUGCAGUGUUUGCUAGACAGCGGUGCGGAUAUCAACAGGCCGAAUGUGUCAGGGGCAACUCCGCUCUAUUUUGCUUGCAGCCAUGGUCAGAGAGACACGGCACAAAUUCUUUUGAUGAGAGGAGCCAAAUAUUUACCAGACAAAAAUGGUAUUACUCCACUGGAUCUCUGUGUACAGGGUGGUUAUGGAGAGACUUGUGAAAUCUUAAUACAAUACCAUCCUCGACUUUUCCAGACAAUAAUUCAAAUGACGCAGAAUGAAGAUCUACGGGAAAACAUGUUGCGGCAAGUUCUGGAACACUUGUCUCAGCAGAGCGAAAGUCAGUAUCUUAAAAUCCUAACAAGUCUUGCUGAAGUUGCUACAACAAAUGGUCACAAACUGCUUAGCUUGUCAAGUAAUUAUGAAGCUCAAAUGAAGAGUCUCUUAAGGAUCGUGAGGAUAUUUUGCCAUGUCUUUCGCAUUGGCCCAUCCUCUCCCAGUAAUGGAAAUGACAUGGGCUACAAUGGAAAUAAAACUCCAAGAAGUCAGGUGUUCAAGGUCAGAAAAGUAUAUGAUGUUGUUAGGAAGAUAGACGGUAAAGAGAUGAAUUUCACAAAGCAUGCAUUCAUUAAUCAGACAUCUCAUGAACAGGAA